AUGUUACCAUUAAUAUCUAAACUAUAUUCUUUUUAUUUAAUUGAUUACAACUAUGAUGUAUCAACUAUUCUACCAUCAGGUAAACUUCAAUUAUUAGCAGUAUACAAAAUAUCUCAUAAUUUCAAUCAUAUUCUUAAAACAUUUUCAAUUAUAAAUUUAACUAUAUCGCAAUGUAGUUUAAAUGAAUUAUAUAAAUUAUUUUCUUAUAUAACUAUGUUAAAAUAUCUUAAUAUUCAUAAAAUAUGGACAGGUUUCGAACGGUAUAGUAUGUCAACGAACAAUAAUAAUAAUAAUACUGUUUCUAAUCGUCAUUGUGCAAUUAAUCUACAAAAAGUAAUUAUUAAUGAUUUUCAACAAGAAUUUCAAUAUUUUAAGAUGUUUAUAGGACAAAUACCAAAUUUAAAAAGUUUAACAAUAUGUUCCAAAAAUGAUACCAUGAUUGAUGCAUAUAAUUGGCAAGACUUAAUUACAAAUUCAUUAUCUUAUCUCAAUAGUUUCAAGUUCAAAUUUAUUUACUUACGUACAGAUGAUGAUGAUUAUGAUAUUAUUAUUGAUAAGUUCGAACAAUUUCAAAGUAGUUUUUGGCAAGAAGAACAUUUUUGGAAUACUGAAUAUGUAUUGAAUAAACAUUUAGCAUACGUUUAUACAAUACCUUAUGUAUCAAAUACAUAUAUGUUAACACCGUAUACAAAUAGAUAUGGUAAAAAAUUGAUAAAUAAUUUAAAUAUAUUCAAGAAUGUGAUAAAUUUAACAUUGGAUCAAAAAAUCAUAAGAGAAAAAUGCGAAUUUUACUUUCCAAAUGUUGAAUCAUUAACAUUAGAAAAUGAAUCGGAUACUUUGACAUAUGAUGAUAAUUGUUUUCUAUAUAUAGAACAUGUUCAACUUUUGAAAACAAUUGUUAAUUUAAUUAAUUUAAAACAUUUAUAUGUUUCGUCAAUAUGUAAAAUAGAUAUGUUAUCAGUAUUAUUAGAAAUAUUGAAACAAUCACUACAACUAUCAUCAUUAACUAUCGAUCCAUUUAUAUUAUCAAUAUUAUUCAAUGAUAAUGAAUUGUGCAGAUAUUUGAAUAAAAUAAUUAAAAAAUUAGAGAUAUACAAAGAACAUGAUGAUAUAUUGUAUGAAUUUAAUACAAUUCCGAAAUUUUGUCAAGUAUUUUCAAAUCUUACACAAUUAAAAUGUAAUAAGGACUGA